AUGCUCUCUUCGUGCCACUUCACCCUCUACUCUGCCAUUGGCCUCGCUCCAAACCCAUGGAAAGUGGUCAUAAUUCUCGAAGAACUCGGCCUCGAGUACGAGUCCAUCUACCUCGACACCGGCAAGGGCGACCAGAAGCUGGAGUCGCACACGAAGCACAACCCGAACGGCCGCGUGCCGACUCUCAUCGACUACAAGAACGACGAGUUUGUCGUCUGGGAGUCCUGCGCCAUCGUCCAGUACCUCAUCGAGAAGUAUGACACCGAGCACAAGAUUUCCUUCGCCGGGCUCGAAGACCGGAUCCUGCUCUCCCAAUGGCUGUUCUUCCAAGCCUCGGGCCAAGGCCCGUAUUUCGGCCAGGCCGGAUGGUUCACGUUCUACCACCACGAAACGGUCCCAAGCGCCAUCGAGCGGUACCGCAACGAGAUCGUGCGCGUCAUCGGCGUGCUCGACUCCACCCUCGCGACGCGCCAGUGGAACCGCGCGGCGAUCGGCUACGCGCUUCAAGUGGGCUGGGACGGCUUGAACGUGGACGAGUUCCCACAUUUUAAGAGAUGGCACAACGAGCUUCUCGCUCGGCCGGCCGUGGCUAAGACUAUCGCGACGUGGGAUAAGAAGGUAUAA